GACCUGGAGCGGGGAGGGGCGGCGCGUCCUUGGCCCAGGCCCGGGUCCGCCCUGCGGCGCGGGGUGCGGCGGGCGGAAGCUCGGCCGGCGGGAGGCUCAGAGGGCGAACGGGCGGGCACCGCGGGGCCGGAGCCGCCGAGCGCCGGUUCCGCCCCUGCGCGGCCUGGCGCUUCCGCGGUCCUGGUCCCGGGCUUCUGAACGUUGCCCCGGGACGCCGAGGGCAGCCCGGCCCUCUGAGCUCUUGACACCCAGCCACGCGCCCAUUGGCGUGCGCGGCUCCGGGCCUCGAGGCCCGCCCGCCCCGGCCUACUUCCUGGGACCCUGAAGGAAGCCGAGCCCGGGUUCCAUGUGGAGGCCGCGUCACCGAGGAGGUCCGCAAGGGAGGGACCCGUGGCCGGGUGAGCGGGGUCCUCGGCUGACAAGGGAAGGAAUGUCCUCACCGCCCGAGACAGAGGGCUACCUAGGAGCUGGUAACUGUGACUUUUGAAGAUGUGGCCGUGUACUUCUCUUGGAGGGAAUGGAAUCUCCUUGAUGAAACUCAGAAACAUCUGUACCAUGAUGUGAUCCUAGAGAAUUUGGCACUUGUAACCUGCCUGGGUUGUUGGUGUGAACGAGAGGAUGAGGAGACAACUUCUCAGCAGAGUGUUUCUGCACAGAGUGUCACAGAUUAGGUCUCUCAAGACCCAUGCUGCCCAGAAGACCCCUUCCUGUGAGAUAUGUGGCCCAGUCUUGAGAGAUAUUUUUUUACUUGGUUGAGCGGCACCAUGAACAGAAACCAUAUGUGGGUGAGUCAUGUGGGCAAUGAUUACAGUUCACAGCAUAUCUUCAUCAGCACCAAAAGUAGCACAUUGAGGAGAAACCCUUCAGAAGCAGUGUGAGUGGAGACUCACUUCUGAACAACUGCAGAUUCCUGGUGUCCAAGAAACUAUUUACCUGCAGAGAAGUUGGGAAGUACUUGCUGGUGAGCUCAGGAUUUCUCCAGCAACAGGCCACUCAAACUGAAGAGAAGUCCAACAGAACUGAGUACACAAUGGCUUUUCACAGUGUAAAAAGUUAUUACAGCUGGGAAAAAUACAUGAGAACUUCAAACUACAAACAAGAACUUGUUAAGCACCAGAGUGUCCUCAAUAGGGAAAGAUGUUACCUAUGUGGUGAAUGUGGGAAAUCCUUCAGUACCAACUGUAACCUCAGUUAUCAUUCAAGAUUUCACACCUUAGAAAAGCCAUUCGAAUGUGUGGAAUGUGGGAAAUCCUACCAGCAAAGCUCUAACCUGAUCACACACCGAAGAGUUCACACUGGAGUAAGACCUCAUCAAUGUAGUGAAUGUGGAAAACUAUUUAUUAGGAAGUAUAACCUCUUUAUACACCAAAGGGUUCACAUUGGUGAAAGGCUGUAUGAGUGUAGUGAAUGUGGGAAAGCCUUUAGCCAUAGCUCUAGCCUUGUUACACAUCUGAGAAUUCACACUGGAAAAAGGCCUUAUGAGUGCAGUGAUUAUGGAAAAUCUUUUAGCCAUAGUUCUAGCCUCAUUACACACAAGAGAGUUCACACUGGAACAAGGCCUUAUGAGUGCCAGGAAUGUGGGAAGUCAUUUACUUAUAGCUCCAUACUCCUUCAACACCAGAGAGUACAUACUGGAGAAAGGCCUUAUGAGUGCAGUGAAUGUGGGAAAGCCUUUAGCCAGAGAUCUAGCCUUAUGAGACACCAGAGAAGUCACACAGGAGAAAGGCCUUAUGAGUGCACUGAGUGUAGGAAAGCCUUCAGCCAUCACUCUAACCUCAUUAAACACCAAAGAAUUCACACUGGAGAAAAGCCUUUUGAGUGCAGUGAAUGUGGAAAAUCCUUUGACCAGAGCUCCAACCUGAAGGAACACCUGAGUUCACAGGGAAUGACCUUAUGAAUGCAGUGAAUGUGGAAAGUCCUUUACCUUGAGCUCCAGUCUCCUAAAACACCAGAAUGUUCACAAGGGUUAGAGGCCUUUUGGUCAUACAAGUAGGGCUGUUACAGACUGAAUUGUAUCCCUGCAAAGUGUUCAAUGCCUUAUCUCCAUGUGGAUGUUUAUAGAAAGGGCCUUUAAGAUGGUAAUUAAGGUUAAAUGAAGUCAUAAGGAUAGGACCCCAAUCCAGUAUGAGUGGUGUUCUUUGAAGAAGAGUAAGCAAUACCAGGGAACUCUCUGCAAGAUGUCCACAAGUCAGGGAACCCAGCCCUGUCAGGGUCCUGACUGGAAUUUCACCACCCUGGAUUGUGAUCAGUCUUUUUCAAGCUGCCCAAUCUGAGGCUUUGCUAUGGCAGACUAAACUAAUGGAUAUUUUGGUUUAUGAGUGACUAGGAAUUCACAGCUGCAUUUGGGGUGCCCAGAAAGAGGAGAGAGGAACAUUUUCCCAGUUGGAGCUAUGAGUUGGUUAUCCAUUUUGUGUGGAAGAAUAAGUAUCCCAAGAUGACCAUAUCCAUACCAAUUUCAUGUUAGUCAAAUUUCUAACAUAUGGUGGGCUCAGCUAAGUUCUUUCUUCUUAGAACUGUGUUCCUUACUUCCUAUUCAUGAAGACUCAUGUACUUAGGGUUCUUAGCUACCUUUCUGGGUAUUUGUGUCAUUCUCACUAUGUAACCCUAUUAAUCUACAUUAGUCACAACUCACCUCACUCCACAACUUCUCAUGUAGUUUCCAGACCUCUUGUAGACAGUCACUGCACUUAAGAGGUGACAUAAUGACUUCCCAGCAAGGUGAGAUAAUUGAGUCCAAACUCUAUGUUCAUCUGCCCACAUUCCACACUUGAAAAUCUAACAUCUCAGCUGAUAUCCUUGCAGCAAAUGCCAGUUCA